UAUUAAAGUUUCACCAAAGUAGAUCUUUUUUUUUUUUUUGCUUUUUUCUUUUUCAAAUCAAUCUUGUAUUUGAUGAACAGAACUGAACUGGGGCCUAAUUCCUGCAAAGCUCGAUUGAAAAUAUAUUUUAAAAAAUAAAAAUAAAAAGACAGAGAAACAGAAAUCUAGGAAACCCAAAUGGCAUGCCAAAAAACACAGUUUUCUUUUUCUGUCUCUCUCAUCCGUCGAACUUGAAACAUAGUACUCUGUUAGUUUUCAAAAACUUUGGGAGGUCUGUGAAGGUGAAAGGUGGGUUUGUAAUAGCCAAAUCAAUCAUAUCUAUCAAAUGGUUUCGUUGAAAGCAGGUUCAAGACCACCAUGGGUGGGAUUAGGAGCAGCGGUGUGGUUGCAGAUAGCAUCAGGAAAUGCCUACACUUUCCCUCUUUACUCUCAUUCCCUCAAGUCCGUUCUGGGUUUCAACCAGCACCAGCUUACGAUUCUUGGUGUCGCCAAUGAUGUUGGUGAAAACGUUGGCCUGCUUCCCGGGAUUGCUUCCAACAAGUUUCCUCCUUGGUUGGUUCUUUUGAUUGGUGGUGUCGCUUGCUUUUUGGGUUAUGGUGUUCUUUGGCUUGCUGUGAGUGGUACAGUUCUCUCUAUGCCGUACUGGUUGUUAUGGGCUGCUCUUUGUGUUGCCACUAAUAGUAGUGCUUGGUUAAGCACGGCAGUCCUUGUAACCAACAUGAGGAACUUCCCUCUUAGUCGAGGCACUGUUGCUGGUAUUCUCAAAGGUUAUGGGGGGCUCAGUGCUGCUGUGUUUACAGAAGUCUACAGUGUACUGCUUCGUAAUUCUUCCUCUAAGCUUCUACUGUUCCUUGCAGUUGGGAUUCCUGUCCUAUGUUUUGUUUUGAUGUAUCUUGUUAGGCCUUGUACUCCAGCUUCUGGUGAAGACUCUGCUGAGCAUGGCCAUUUUCUUUUCAUCCAAGCUGCAAGCAUUGUGCUUGGCUUAUAUAUGCUGGCAACUACAAUAUUGGAUGAUGUACUUUCUUUGAGUGCUCCACUUGCCAAUGCUAUUGUUCUUAUAAUGAUUGUACUUCUUAUGGCCCCACUUGUAAUCCCUGUAAAAAUGACAUUGUAUCCUGCUAGAGCCACCAUACCAGGGACACUUAAUCAAAAAGUAGGGUCUUCAGAUGGUUUGAUACAAGAAGAUAAUGCAGACAAAACAGAACCUUUGCUGAUGCCAUCAUCAUCAUCGACAAACCUAGGAAGCUUUAAUGAAAGUGACAAUAUUUCUGAGGUGGAUAUGCUUCUUGCUGAGGGUGAAGGGGCGGUGAAGAGGAAGAGAAGGCCGAAGAGAGGGGAGGAUUUUAAAUUUAGCCAAGCUAUAAUCAAGGCUGAUUUCUGGCUUUUAUUCUCGGUUUACUUUGUGGGGGUUGGUUCAGGGGUUACAGUUAUCAAUAAUCUAGCCCAAAUUGGGAUUGCACAAGGUUUGCAUGAUACCACAAUCCUACUGUCUCUCUUCAGCUUCUGCAACUUUGUGGGUCGUCUUGGUGGAGGUAUUGUUUCUGAACACUUUGUCAGAUCAAAAGCAAUUCCUCGGACUGUUUGGAUGACAUACACUCAAAUAAUCAUGAUAGUUGCAUACCUUCUAUUUGCUUCUGCAAUUGGUGGUACCUUAUAUGCUGCAAUUGCUUUACUUGGUACCUGCUAUGGCGUUCAAUUUUCUAUCAUGAUCCCAACAGUCUCUGAGCUUUUCGGGUUGAAGCAUUUUGGCAUAUUUUACAAUUUUAUGUCACUAGGGAAUCCACUAGGUGCGUUGCUUUUUUCUGGUCUCCUAGCAGGGUACGUAUAUGACAACGAGGCAGCAAAGCAGCAGGCACUUGAUAUUUCCGGUUUGAGUGCUUCCUGCUUGGGUCCUAAUUGCUUCAGGCUCACAUUUCUUGUUCUGGCUGCUGUCUGCGGCAUAGGCACCAUGUUGACCAUUAUUCUGACUUACAGGAUAAGGCCUGUUUACCAGAUGCUCUAUGCGGGGGGUUCUUUUAGGCUGCCUCAAAGUGAAAAUCAUUAACUUGGUGCGGCAUGGAAACUAAAUUAUAUCUUUGGAGAGCCAUCUUACUGAAGCACAUCAUGCUGAUAAACUACUUGGCCUGCUCGAAUAAGUUUUGUUUCUUGCAUUCUCAUCAAUGAUAUGUUUCUGAGCUGCAAGCAAUCAACUUAUGUGAUCUAGUCUGAGUCCAUGUAUGUUGUUGUAAUAGUAAAAUAAUAUUUUUGAACAAGUACAGAUAAAUAUGUAGUGGUUUUAGUAUGUGGCUAAAAUUUUGGUCCUUUGGCCCUUAAUCAGGGUAUUUGAGCAGCAAAUGUGACCCAGCUAAGAAAAGAAAUAUGAAUGACAUGUUGAUGGUUAGUUUUUUGGUAAAUCAUGUUGAUGGUUAGUUGGUUCUAACUCUGAACAACUACAUGUAUACAAUAAAUAAUAUUUAUUCGAGG